GGGGCCAAUGCAGAUUUAAAUGCCUGUGGCGCGGGGCUGCCGGUGUGGAGGGAGCAGAGAGACUGAGGACACUGCGCCAGCCUUGUUCCAACAGGACACAAGUGGACUGUAGGCAAGUUCUGCGCUACUAGUUGUCCACGAUGAAUGGCCAGGCCCCUCCUCAUGAUGUCGUAGUUGCCAAUGGGACUGAGAAAUUAAUUGUCCCUAAAAUCAUGAAGAACCAAUCGGAAGCCAGCACUCCUUCGAGGCCCCAAGCAAAGGCUGCCCUGCCUACUACAGCCAGAAGUAUUGCUGGGGUAUAUGUGGAGGCCUCAGGGCAGACCCUGAGCAUCUAUGAUGCAAUGAAGCAGGGCCUCCUGCCCACUGGGCUUGGGGUGACUUUGCUUGAGGCCCAGGCAGCCACUGGAGGCCUCAUGGACCUUGCCCAGGGCCAGCUUCUUCCUGUGUCUGAGGCUCUAAGGCGGGGUCUGGUGGGACUGGAACUAAAGGAGAAAUUGUUGGCUGCUGAACGUGCGGUUACUGGCUAUCCCGACCCCUAUGGGGGUGAAAAGCUGUCCCUCUUCCAGGCCAUCAGGAAAGAAGUUGUAGACAAGACCCUGGGGUGGAGAUUGCUAGAGGCCCAGCUAGCUACUGGGGGCCUGGUGGACCCAACCCAGGGUGUUCAAGUAGCCCCAGAGCUAGCCUGUCAGCAGGGCCUUUUGGAUAAGGAGACAUGGCUCAGCCUGAUGGAGUCAGAGCCCAGUAUGGGUACCCUGGGCUUUUCUGACCCCAACACACUAGAGCAGCUGCCAUACUCUGUGCUGUUGGGUAGGUGUGUGCUAGACCCCAGCUCAGGGCUGCCCCUAUUGCCCUUAAAGACCACCUUCCACACCCUGGCUGGAGCAGCCAGUGCGGCAAUGCUGCUGGAGGCAGGGGUACUAAAUGAGGAGACAGUCCGAGGCCUGCAGGAGGGCACACUGGUGGUGUCAGAUGUGGGCACACGUCCCGAGGUGCAACGCUAUCUGGAAGGCACUGGAGGGUUAGCGGGGGUUGUCCUGUUGCCUGGAGGUCACAAGAAAAGCUUUUUCCAGGCUACGGUUGAACACUCGCUCUCAAAGGGCAUUGCUCUACAACUCUUAGAGGCUCAGGCUGCCACCCGCACCCUCGUGCACCCAAGCACAGGCCAGCGUCUUUGGGUGGAAGAGGCAGUCAAGACAGGCCUGGUUGGCCCAGACCUUCAUGAGCAGCUCCUGGUUGCAGAACAGGCAGUGACUGGCUAUUACGACCCCUUCAGCAGCUCCCGCAUCCCCCUUUUCCAGGCUAUGAAGAAGGGGCUUGUGGACCAGCCACUGGCUCUGCGCCUCCUGGAUGCCCAGGUAGCCACAGGUGGGCUUAUAUGCCCAGCCCGCAGAUUCCGGCUGCCCCUGGAGGCUGCCCUGCGCUUUGGCUGUCUAGAUGAAGAGACUCGGCAACGUCUCUCUCAGACAAUGGGCUUUUCAGAUCCUACCACACAUGACCGUCUUCACUAUGAACAGCUGUUGGCCCUCUCUGUCACUGACCCAGAGACAGGACUUGCUUUCCUGCCUCUCCUUGGAAUGUCCCAUGCAAAUGAGCCUCAGGGACUCCCAUUUAUUGAUCACUGUACCCGACAUGUCUUGAGCAAGGCCACGACCUCCGUCUCUGUAGGGAGGUACCAGGGCCGGCCUGUCUCCCUCUGGGAACUGCUCUUUUCUGAGGCGGUGCCCGUUAAGCAGAGAGCAAUGCUUGCCCAGAAGCACCAGAACGGGGCUCUGUCAGUGGAGGCGCUGGCAGCUGAGCUGAAGAGCAUUGUUCAGCAGGCUGCAGCAACUGCCAAAGUCACCUUUGCUGGGUUGAGGGACACUGUGACACCGGGCGAGCUGUUGAAGGCUGAGAUAAUCAACCAGGACCUGUUUGAGCAGCUGGAGCGUGGACAGACCUCAGCCCGAGAUGUGGGCAGCCUGGACUCAGUGCAGAGGUACCUGCAGGGCACAGGUUGCAUUGCAGGCCUUCUGCUUCCUGACUCCCAGGAACGUCUCAGGAUCUAUGAGGCUCGUAGCAAGGGGCUCCUCAGGCCUGGCACUGCCCUGAUCUUGCUUGAGGCCCAGGCUGCCACAGGCUUUAUCAUUGACCCAAAAGAGAACAAGAGAUACUCUGUAGAGGAGGCGCUGAGGGCUGGUGUCAUUGGGCUUGAUGUCUAUGCAAAGCUCCUAUCUGCAGAACGUGCCGUGACUGGCUACACGGACCCCUACUCUGGGGAGCAGAUCUCCCUCUUCCAGGCCAUGCAGAGAGAACUUAUUGUCAGAGACCACGGCAUCCGCCUGCUGGAGGCCCAGAUCGCCACCGGUGGUGUCAUUGACCCUGUGCACAGUCACCGUGUGCCCGUGGACGUGGCCUACCAACGUGGCUACUUUGAUCAGAUGCUGAACUCUAUUCUGCUGGACCCGUCUGAUGACACCAAGGGCUUCUUUGACCCCAACACGCAUGAAAAUCUCACCUACCUGCAGCUUCUGGAGCGCUGUAUACAUGACUCUGAGACGGGCCUCCACCUCCUGCCCCUUAGUGGUACACGACCCCAGCUGGUAGAUAGCUCCACUCGGCAGGCCUUCCAGAAUCUACUGAUCUCAGUGAAAUACGGGCGGUUCCGGGGGCAGAGGGUUUCUGCGUGGGAACUGAUAAACUCUGAAUAUUUCAAAGAGGACUGGAGGAGACAGCUACUGCGGCGCUGUCAGCAGCGCAAGAUCACAUUGGAGCAGGUCACUCAGCUGCUGGAGAAAGAGAUGAGGAGGUGGGCAGAUGUCACACUGCCUGCCCUACAGGGCCAGGUCACUGCCUACCAGCUCCUAGAGGCCCACAUCAUCAACCAGGAGCUCCUGGACCAGGUACUGACAGGGACGGUCAGCCCAGAUGCCCUCCUUCACAUGAGCGAUGUUCGCAGGUACCUUCAGGGCUCAGGCACCGUGGGUGGUGUGCUAUUACAACCCUCCAACCAGCGAAUCAGUCUCUACCAGGCCAUGAAGCAGAAGCUGCUGGCGCCUAGUGUAGCUUUGGCCUUGCUGGAGGCCCAGGCAGCCACUGGGGCCAUCACCGACCCCUGCAGUAUGCAGACCCUGUCAGUAGAUGAAGCUGUGUGCCGGGGAGUGGUGGGAGCAGAAGUGUACCACAAGCUGAAGCAAGCAGAACAUUCUAUCACUGGUUACAGAGAUCCCUUUUCUGGGAAAACGGUAUCCCUGUUCGGGGCCAUGAAGAAGGGCCUUGUUCCUGUGGAGCAGGCAACCCGCCUACUAGAGGCCCAGGUGUCCACAGGAGGGGUCGUUGACCCCACAACCCACCUCCACCUCCCCAUGUCUGUGGCCGUUCAGCGCGGUUGCAUCGAUCAAGAGAUGGAGGUGGCCUUGUCCAGAUCUCCUGAGACCUUUCCCACACCCGAUGGCCGGGGGCAUGCCAGCUAUGCCCAGCUUCUGGAACAGUGUCUCCAGGAUGAACCCUCUGGGCUUCACCUCCUGCCCCUGACAGAAGAUGCCCCCAGCGUCCCCACUGACACACAGAUCCAGGAGAGCCUGCAAGCAUUGGCUGGCACUGAAGAUGGUUUGUCCCUCUGGGACUCGCUUACCUCUUGUCACUUUACCGAGGAGCAGCGCAAUGGCUUCCUUGAAGAUGUGAGGGUUGGGAAGACAUCUGUGUCACAGCUACAGGACAUUGUACGCAGCUGGGUGCAAACAGCAAAGCUCCUGGCCCGGGCCCGCAUCACCGUACCGGGCCCACAGGGUGAGGUCCCUGCCGUUUGGCUACGAGAUGCUGGUAUUAUCACCCAAGAGACACUGGAAGCUCUGGCACAGGGCGUUCAGUCACCGGAUGAGGUAGCUGAACAGCCUGCUGUGAAGGCCUGCCUCUGGGGUACAGGCUGUGUGGCCGGUGUGCUGCUCCAGCCCUCAGGGACCAAGUUGAGCAUUGCUCAGGCUGUAAGAGAUGGCCUCCUGCCCGCAGGCCUGGGCCAGCAGCUGCUGGAGGCCCAGGUGGCAUCCGGCUUCCUGGUCAAUCCACUAACCAACCAGAGACUGUCAGUGCACGAUGCAGUGAAGGCUGGCUUGGUGGGCGUGGAGCUGAGUGAACAGCUCAGGCAAGUAGAGAGGGCUGUGACAGGAUACUCAGACCCCUUUUCAGGAGGCCUCCUUUCUCUGUGGCAGGCCAAGGAAAAGGGGCUUGUAUCCCAAAGUGAGGCCUUUCCUCUCCUGCAAGUCCAGCUGGCCACAGGGGGUGUUGUGGACCCUGUCCAUAGAGUGCACCUGCCCCAGGCAGUGGCCUACAAGCUUGGCCUCCUGGAUGAGCAGACAAGCCAGGCUCUGACUGCCACUGGGGAGGAAAACAAGCUCUUUUUUGACCCCAACUCCCGUGAGAAGGUGACAUACCAGCAGCUCAAGGAACUCUGUGUGCUGGAUGCUGACACUGGCCUGUGGCUGCUGCCACUGCCCCAGGACACUGUGCUUGAGGUGGAUGACCAUACUGCAGUGGCACUGAGAGCUAUGAAGGUGCCCAUCAACAUGGGGAGGUUCCAAGGACAUAGUGUGUCACUCUGGGACCUGCUACACUCUGAGUAUGUUGGAGCUGAAAAGCGGAGGGAGCUGGUGGCACUUUGUUGUUCCGGGAGGGCUGCUGCCCUGCGACAGGUCAUCAGUAUGGUCACCACCCUGGUGGAGGCGGCAGAGAAGCAGCCCCCACAGGCCACCUUCAAAGGGCUCCGGAAGCAGGUUUCAGCAGGGGACUUGUUUAGGUCCCAACUGAUCACCAAGCAGACACUGGAUGAGCUCAACCAGGGAAAGAGGACAGUCGAGGAAGUGACAGAGAUGGAUAGUGUAAGGAGGUCCCUGGAAGGAGGCAACUUCAUUGCUGGGGUCCUUAUUCGGGAUACAAAAGAGAAGAUGAGUAUCCCAGAGGCCUUGAGAAGGCACAUUCUGAGGCCAGGCACAGCCCUGGUGCUGCUGGAGGCACAGGCGGCCACCGGUUUCAUCAUUGACCCCGUGGAGAACCGGAAGCUAACUGUAGAGCAGGCAUUCCAGGCAGGGAUGUUUGGUAAGGAAACCUACACGAAGCUGUUAUCAGCUGAGCGUGCCGUCACCGGCUAUACAGACCCCUACACAGGAGAACAGAUCUCUCUCUUUCAGGCCAUGCAGAGGGACCUCAUUGUCAGGGACCAUGGCAUCCGCCUGCUGGAAGCCCAGAUUGCUACAGGUGGCAUCAUUGACCCUGUACACAGCCACCGUGUGCCGGUGGAUGUGGCCUACCAACGUGGCUACUUCAAUGAGGAGAUGAACCGUGUGCUGGCUGACCCAAGUGAUGAUACCAAGGGCUUCUUCGACCCCAACACCCACGAGAACCUCACGUACCUCCAGCUGCUGGAGCGCUGCGUGGAGGACCCCGAGACAGGCCUGUACAUGUUGGAAAUUGUAAAGAAGGGAGAAAUCUACGUGUACAUUGAUGAGGCCACAAGGCAAGUGCUGAGAUCCAGAACUAUGAAAAUGCACAUAGGGAAGUUUGCAGGCCAGACGGUAUCCGUGUGGGACCUUUUAUCCUCCCAGUAUUUUACAGAAGGAAGGAAAAGAAAGCUUUUGCGGGAAUACAGGGCCCAGAACAUAGGCCUAGAAAAACUGCUGGAGGUUAUUACCUCUACUGUGGAAGACACAGAGAAGCAAAGCCAAAUAUUCAAAGUACCGGGCAUUCAUGGCGAUGUGACGGCUGUGGAACUAUUCAACUCCGGAAUCCUUGAUAAGAGGACCCUGGACGCGCUCCACAGUGGGGAGAGAGGGCGCCAGGACCUCUGCCAGCUGGAGCAUAUAAAAAUCUACCUGGAAGGCACCAAUUGCAUUGCUGGAGUGACAGCACCACUAACCCAGAAGGUGAUGAGCUUCUACAAGGCCAGCAAGGAAGAGCUCAUCCCCGCAGGGUUUGCAGCCCAGUUACUGGAAGCACAGGCUGCCACUGGGUACUUAAUGGACCCUUGCUCCCGCCGGAGGUUGUGUGUGGAUGAGGCCAUAGCAGCUGGCCUGGUGGGUGAAGACCUGAGAGAGAGGCUUGUGAGCGCAGAGAAGGCAGCGAAGGGCUAUGAAGACCCAGCCACAGGGGAGACUCUUCCACUGUUCCAGGCCAUGGAGAAGAAGUUAGUUGGGAGGGAGGAGGCCCUGAGGCUGCUGGAGGUGCAGGUGGCCACGGGUGGGGUCAUUGACCCACUACACCGCCAUCGUAUCCCUCUGGAUGUAGCCUGUCAGAGGGGAUGUCUGUGUGAAGACAUCAUUGUGCUCAUUGCUGACCAAAAGCAUAUGAGGAGAAGGUUCGUGGAUCCCAACACACAAGAAAAGGUCACAUACCAGGAGCUGCAGGACCGGUGCCGGAAGGAGGAGAAGUCAGGCUGGGCACUGUUCCCAGUGGUCAAGGACAAAAAAGACAUGGACUAUGUUGAUGAGGCCACCAAAAGGGCCCUGGAGGCAGAGCAGGUGGAAGUGACUGUGGGGAGAUACAGAGGCCAGAAGCCAUCCGUGUGGGAGCUGCUGAACUCAGAAUAUUUUUCUGAGGAGAAGAAGAUUGAAUUAGUUAGAAUAUACAAAGAAGACACAGCCCGGGCACUGCAGAAAGUUGUAAAACUUAUUCUAAAAAUCAUUGCAGACAAGGAAGGGAGAAGCAGGCAACUCUGGUUCCGAGGAUUACGAACUCAGGUCACAGCUGAGGAACUGCUGAGGGCAGCGGUCAUCACCAGAAAGACUCUGGAGGACCUGGAGGAGGGCAGAGCCACAGUGGAUCAGAUUGAAGAGACGGAAGAUGUGAAGAGAUACCUGAAGGGCACCAGCUGCAUAGCGGGUAUCCUGGUGCCCGUGCAGGGGGAGCCUGGCCGUCAGGAGAAGAUGAGCAUCUAUCAGGCCAUGUGGAAGGGCCUGCUGAGGCCCGGCACAGCCCUGGUGCUGCUGGAGGCUCAGGCGGCCACCGGCUUCAUCAUUGACCCGGUGCACAACCGCAGACUGUCUGUGGAGGAGGCCGUGGCUGCAGGCGUGGUGGGGGGAGAGAUCCAGGAGAAGCUGCUGGCUGCUGAGCGUGCUGUCACUGGCUACACGGACCCCUACACUGGGGAGCAGAUCUCCCUCUUCCAGGCCAUGCAGAGGGACCUCAUUGUGAAAGACCAUGGCAUUCGCCUCCUGGAAGCCCAGAUCGCCACAGGUGGUGUCAUUGACCCCGUGCAUAGCCACCGUGUUCCCGUGGACGUGGCCUACAAACGUGGCUACUUUGAUGAGGAGAUGAACAGCAUUUUGGCAGACCCUGGUGAUGACACCAAGGGCUUCUUUGACCCCAACACGCACGAGAACCUCACGUAUCUGCAGCUGCUCAGGCGCUGUGUGCGGGACCCAGAGACCGGGUUCUACAUGCUGCAGCUGGCAGGAAAGGGCUCCAGUGUGUACCACGUGAGCGAGGACCUGAGACGUGCCCUGCGAGAGGCCCGUGUGAGCCCAGGCACAGUCGACUUCCAGGGCCAGAGCAUCUCUGUGUGGGAGCUUCUCUUCUACAGAGAGGUGCCCGAGAGUCUGCGCCAGGACCUGCUGCGCCGGUACCAGGCAGGUGGACUGAGCGUUCAGGACGUGAGCACCACACUCACCUCACUGCUGGCCCGAACCAAGGAGGGGAGCCCACGUGCUGAUCCGCAAGGAACCCUGGGGAAGGCCACCAUGGAAGUAAAACGGGGUCAUCUCCGGGGCCAUGAGGUCCCAGUGUGGGACGUUCUGACAUCCAACUAUGUGAGCAGGGACACCCGGAAGGAGCUGCUGGCCCAGUUCAGCUCUGGGGCACUGACUCUGCCCAUGCUGAAGAGGAGACUGACCACCAUUAUUGAAGAGACCGAGGAGACACAGGAGUCCCAGGCAGGGCACAGUGUCACCUCCCUUAAGCAACAGGAGUCUGCGGCCGGAAGCUCAGGGGCCUACGCUGACAAGGGCGAAGCUGGGGACAGCACAGACAGUGCCAGGCAGCAACAGGAGCAGACCCUGCGUGCUGCCACCAUGCAGGUACGCCGUGGGCAGUUCCGGGACCAGCCAGUUUCAGUGUGGAAAGUCCUGUUCUCCUCCUACCUAAGUGAGACCCGCCGGGAGGAGCUCCUGUCCCAGCACUUGGCCGGCAGGCUGGGGGUCAAUGAACUAAUUUCCAUCCUCGUCCAAGUCAUCGAGGAGACAGAAGAGCGGCUCAGCAGGGUGUCUUUACCGGGCCUGAGGCGCCAGGUGACCGUAUCCGAGUUGGGUAACACUGGCAUCCUGGACCCUGAUACCAUGCGAGAACUGGCCCAGGGCACCAGGACCAUAGAUGAGGUGACAGAGAUGGACUCUGUCAAGCGCUACCUGAAGGGCACCAGCUGCAUAGCGGGUAUCCUGGUGCCCGUGCAGGGGGAGCCUGGCCGUCAGGAGAAGAUGAGCAUCUAUCAGGCCAUGUGGAAGGGCCUGCUGAGGCCCGGCACAGCCCUGGUGCUGCUGGAGGCUCAGGCGGCCACCGGCUUCAUCAUUGACCCGGUGCACAACCGCAGACUGUCUGUGGAGGAGGCCGUGGCUGCAGGCGUGGUGGGGGGAGAGAUCCAGGAGAAGCUGCUGGCUGCUGAGCGUGCUGUCACUGGCUACACGGACCCCUACACUGGGGAGCAGAUCUCCCUCUUCCAGGCCAUGCAGAGGGACCUCAUUGUGAAAGACCAUGGCAUUCGCCUCCUGGAAGCCCAGAUCGCCACAGGUGGUGUCAUUGACCCCGUGCAUAGCCACCGUGUUCCCGUGGACGUGGCCUACAAACGUGGCUACUUUGAUGAGGAGAUGAACAGCAUUUUGGCAGACCCUGGUGAUGACACCAAGGGCUUCUUUGACCCCAACACGCACGAGAACCUCACGUAUCUGCAGCUGCUCAGGCGCUGUGUGCGGGACCCAGAGACCGGGUUCUACAUGCUGCAGCUGGCAGGAAAGGGCUCCAGUGUGUACCACGUGAGCGAGGACCUGAGACGUGCCCUGCGAGAGGCCCGUGUGAGCCCAGGCACAGUCGACUUCCAGGGCCAGAGCAUCUCUGUGUGGGAGCUUCUCUUCUACAGAGAGGUGCCCGAGAGUCUGCGCCAGGACCUGCUGCGCCGGUACCAGGCAGGUGGACUGAGCGUUCAGGACGUGAGCACCACACUCACCUCACUGCUGGCCCGAACCAAGGAGGGGAGCCCACGUGCUGAUCCGCAAGGAACCCUGGGGAAGGCCACCAUGGAAGUAAAACGGGGUCAUCUCCGGGGCCAUGAGGUCCCAGUGUGGGACGUUCUGACAUCCAACUAUGUGAGCAGGGACACCCGGAAGGAGCUGCUGGCCCAGUUCAGCUCUGGGGCACUGACUCUGCCCAUGCUGAAGAGGAGACUGACCACCAUUAUUGAAGAGACCGAGGAGACACAGGAGUCCCAGGCAGGGCACAGUGUCACCUCCCUUAAGCAACAGGAGUCUGCGGCCGGAAGCUCAGGGGCCUACGCUGACAAGGGCGAAGCUGGGGACAGCACAGACAGUGCCAGGCAGCAACAGGAGCAGACCCUGCGUGCUGCCACCAUGCAGGUACGCCGUGGGCAGUUCCGGGACCAGCCAGUUUCAGUGUGGAAAGUCCUGUUCUCCUCCUACCUAAGUGAGACCCGCCGGGAGGAGCUCCUGUCCCAGCACUUGGCCGGCAGGCUGGGGGUCAAUGAACUAAUUUCCAUCCUCGUCCAAGUCAUCGAGGAGACAGAAGAGCGGCUCAGCAGGGUGUCUUUACCGGGCCUGAGGCGCCAGGUGACCGUAUCCGAGUUGGGUAACACUGGCAUCCUGGACCCUGAUACCAUGCGAGAACUGGCCCAGGGCACCAGGACCAUAGAUGAGGUGACAGAGAUGGACUCUGUCAAGCGCUACCUGAAGGGCACCAGCUGCAUAGCGGGUAUCCUGGUGCCCGUGCAGGGGGAGCCUGGCCGUCAGGAGAAGAUGAGCAUCUAUCAGGCCAUGUGGAAGGGCCUGCUGAGGCCCGGCACAGCCCUGGUGCUGCUGGAGGCUCAGGCGGCCACCGGCUUCAUCAUUGACCCGGUGCACAACCGCAGACUGUCUGUGGAGGAGGCCGUGGCUGCAGGCGUGGUGGGGGGAGAGAUCCAGGAGAAGCUGCUGGCUGCUGAGCGUGCUGUCACUGGCUACACGGACCCCUACACUGGGGAGCAGAUCUCCCUCUUCCAGGCCAUGCAGAGGGACCUCAUUGUGAAAGACCAUGGCAUUCGCCUCCUGGAAGCCCAGAUCGCCACAGGUGGUGUCAUUGACCCCGUGCAUAGCCACCGUGUUCCCGUGGACGUGGCCUACAAACGUGGCUACUUUGAUGAGGAGAUGAACAGCAUUUUGGCAGACCCUGGUGAUGACACCAAGGGCUUCUUUGACCCCAACACGCACGAGAACCUCACGUAUCUGCAGCUGCUCAGGCGCUGUGUGCGGGACCCAGAGACCGGGUUCUACAUGCUGCAGCUGGCAGGAAAGGGCUCCAGUGUGUACCACGUGAGCGAGGACCUGAGACGUGCCCUGCGAGAGGCCCGUGUGAGCCCAGGCACAGUCGACUUCCAGGGCCAGAGCAUCUCUGUGUGGGAGCUUCUCUUCUACAGAGAGGUGCCCGAGAGUCUGCGCCAGGACCUGCUGCGCCGGUACCAGGCAGGUGGACUGAGCGUUCAGGACGUGAGCACCACACUCACCUCACUGCUGGCCCGAACCAAGGAGGGGAGCCCACGUGCUGAUCCGCAAGGAACCCUGGGGAAGGCCACCAUGGAAGUAAAACGGGGUCAUCUCCGGGGCCAUGAGGUCCCAGUGUGGGACGUUCUGACAUCCAACUAUGUGAGCAGGGACACCCGGAAGGAGCUGCUGGCCCAGUUCAGCUCUGGGGCACUGACUCUGCCCAUGCUGAAGAGGAGACUGACCACCAUUAUUGAAGAGACCGAGGAGACACAGGAGUCCCAGGCAGGGCACAGUGUCACCUCCCUUAAGCAACAGGAGUCUGCGGCCGGAAGCUCAGGGGCCUACGCUGACAAGGGCGAAGCUGGGGACAGCACAGACAGUGCCAGGCAGCAACAGGAGCAGACCCUGCGUGCUGCCACCAUGCAGGUACGCCGUGGGCAGUUCCGGGACCAGCCAGUUUCAGUGUGGAAAGUCCUGUUCUCCUCCUACCUAAGUGAGACCCGCCGGGAGGAGCUCCUGUCCCAGCACUUGGCCGGCAGGCUGGGGGUCAAUGAACUAAUUUCCAUCCUCGUCCAAGUCAUCGAGGAGACAGAAGAGCGGCUCAGCAGGGUGUCUUUACCGGGCCUGAGGCGCCAGGUGACCGUAUCCGAGUUGGGUAACACUGGCAUCCUGGACCCUGAUACCAUGCGAGAACUGGCCCAGGGCACCAGGACCAUAGAUGAGGUGACAGAGAUGGACUCUGUCAAGCGCUACCUGAAGGGCACCAGCUGCAUAGCGGGUAUCCUGGUGCCCGUGCAGGGGGAGCCUGGCCGUCAGGAGAAGAUGAGCAUCUAUCAGGCCAUGUGGAAGGGCCUGCUGAGGCCCGGCACAGCCCUGGUGCUGCUGGAGGCUCAGGCGGCCACCGGCUUCAUCAUUGACCCGGUGCACAACCGCAGACUGUCUGUGGAGGAGGCCGUGGCUGCAGGCGUGGUGGGGGGAGAGAUCCAGGAGAAGCUGCUGGCUGCUGAGCGUGCUGUCACUGGCUACACGGACCCCUACACUGGGGAGCAGAUCUCCCUCUUCCAGGCCAUGCAGAGGGACCUCAUUGUGAAAGACCAUGGCAUUCGCCUCCUGGAAGCCCAGAUCGCCACAGGUGGUGUCAUUGACCCCGUGCAUAGCCACCGUGUUCCCGUGGACGUGGCCUACAAACGUGGCUACUUUGAUGAGGAGAUGAACAGCAUUUUGGCAGACCCUGGUGAUGACACCAAGGGCUUCUUUGACCCCAACACGCACGAGAACCUCACGUAUCUGCAGCUGCUCAGGCGCUGUGUGCGGGACCCAGAGACCGGGUUCUACAUGCUGCAGCUGGCAGGAAAGGGCUCCAGUGUGUACCACGUGAGCGAGGACCUGAGACGUGCCCUGCGAGAGGCCCGUGUGAGCCCAGGCACAGUCGACUUCCAGGGCCAGAGCAUCUCUGUGUGGGAGCUUCUCUUCUACAGAGAGGUGCCCGAGAGUCUGCGCCAGGACCUGCUGCGCCGGUACCAGGCAGGUGGACUGAGCGUUCAGGACGUGAGCACCACACUCACCUCACUGCUGGCCCGAACCAAGGAGGGGAGCCCACGUGCUGAUCCGCAAGGAACCCUGGGGAAGGCCACCAUGGAAGUAAAACGGGGUCAUCUCCGGGGCCAUGAGGUCCCAGUGUGGGACGUUCUGACAUCCAACUAUGUGAGCAGGGACACCCGGAAGGAGCUGCUGGCCCAGUUCAGCUCUGGGGCACUGACUCUGCCCAUGCUGAAGAGGAGACUGACCACCAUUAUUGAAGAGACCGAGGAGACACAGGAGUCCCAGGCAGGGCACAGUGUCACCUCCCUUAAGCAACAGGAGUCUGCGGCCGGAAGCUCAGGGGCCUACGCUGACAAGGGCGAAGCUGGGGACAGCACAGACAGUGCCAGGCAGCAACAGGAGCAGACCCUGCGUGCUGCCACCAUGCAGGUACGCCGUGGGCAGUUCCGGGACCAGCCAGUUUCAGUGUGGAAAGUCCUGUUCUCCUCCUACCUAAGUGAGACCCGCCGGGAGGAGCUCCUGUCCCAGCACUUGGCCGGCAGGCUGGGGGUCAAUGAACUAAUUUCCAUCCUCGUCCAAGUCAUCGAGGAGACAGAAGAGCGGCUCAGCAGGGUGUCUUUCCCUGGCCUGAGGCGUCAGGUGACCGCAUCCGAGUUGAGUAUCACUGGCAUCCUGGACCCUGAUACCAUGCGAGAACUGGCCCAGGGCACCAGGACCAUAGAUGAGGUGACAGAGAUGGACUCUGUCAAGCGCUACCUGAAGGGCACCAGCUGCAUAGCGGGUAUCCUGGUGCCCGUGCAGGGGGAGCCUGGCCGUCAGGAGAAGAUGAGCAUCUAUCAGGCCAUGUGGAAGGGCCUGCUGAGGCCCGGCACAGCCCUGGUGCUGCUGGAGGCUCAGGCGGCCACCGGCUUCAUCAUUGACCCGGUGCACAACCGCAGACUGUCUGUGGAGGAGGCCGUGGCUGAAGGCGUGGUAGGCGGGGAGAUCAGAGAGAAGCUGCUCUCUGCUGAGCGUGCUGUCACUGGGUACACGGACCCCUACACUGGGGAGCAGAUCUCCCUCUUCCAGGCCAUGCAGAGGGACCUCAUUGUCAAGAACCAUGGCAUUCGCCUCCUGGAAGCCCAGAUCGCCACAGGUGGUGUCAUUGACCCCGUGCAUAGCCACCGUGUUCCCGUGGACGUGGCCUACAAACGUGGCUACUUUGAUGAGGAGAUGAACAGCAUUUUGGCAGACCCUGGUGAUGACACCAAGGGCUUCUUUGACCCCAACACACACGAGAAUCUCACGUACCUACAGCUUUUGCAGAGAGCUACAGUUGAACCAGAGACAGGAUUGUUGUUUCUUUCCCUCCUUAAGGGCUGAAAAAAAAAUUUUUUUUUGUUAUUCCUGGGACUUAAUGGAAGGUACCUCACUAUUCUCAUAGAGCUUGACCUGUAUCAUUGGUUUCUUCUAAUACUCUCAUUUCUUUUUUAUUAAGGUGUAAUUUUUUAGGUAAUGCUCUUUUCUUGCUACCCUUGUGCUUGUGAUUGGUACUUUUGUGUCCCAUAUAUUUUCUCCCUCCUUUUGUCUAUAUUGAGUUUUUUUUGGCAACCCUCUAUAAUUUCCUCCUGUUUUUCCUUAUGACUGUUUUCUGUUGCUGUUUUAGGGAGCAUGACCUUGGAGGGUUUUGGGUUUGGUAUUUUGGUUCCAAGACAAAGUUUCCCUUGGCUCUCUUCAUACUCACUCUGUUGAACAGUCUGGUGUCAAACUCAGAGAUUCACCUGCCUCUGCGUCCCAAAGACUGACAUUAAAGUCUUGUGCCACCACUGCCCAGUCAAAGAGGUGGUCUUUUAAUUGAGGCUUUCUCUGACAGCAUGGCAAUCGUUCGAUAUGCUGUGCCCACUCUUCUCAAAUUGGCAAUCUUUUCUAUUGGUUUCCCAGUCUCUGGGAUUGCACGUGUAAAUCACCCGGCUUGGACAAAACCUUCAACGUUUUUAAUAUGGCCACUUUUGUACACGGUAUGUCUUGAUUUGCUGCCUGUAUUUAGUAUCAUGCUGUUCAUCUUCUGUCCAUGUACCUCUGAGACAUCUCGGUUCCGUGUAUCACAGUUUUUAGUGCACACAUAUCUUUUGAUAAUAAAUGAAUGUUCUGCCCUCA